GAAAGGGCAGGCAGGAAUGCAGGCAGACAGACAGACGAGCAGACAGGCAGGCAGGGCAGGGCAGGCAAGCAAGCAGACAGACAGACACCCACAGACCUUUCGUAUUACCAUUGGGAGUCACAGAUACAGUUUAGUGUGGAUUACCUGGAUUACUGCACGCCGACAGUCGCUCCAUACGGACUGGAACCUGCUUCCUAUGAACAAUGGAACAGAUGCCUUUACAAAUGUGUUAAGGGUUACUCCUUUUGAUUGGAUCCUGUUCAUAUUACUUUUCUUUGCCUUUUCUUUUUGUCCUUUUUUUCCUAUUUCAGUUUUUAUUUUUAUUUUCUUUUUUACAUUGGAGUUCCAGCGACUUUUUAUAAAUUAACCCAUUGGACACUGCGGGUUCUCCUGUUCUCGAAAAGAUGCGAUCACCAUGGGGACAGGUAAAGUGUUUAAGAUCAUAUGUGUUGACUACCACAACAACCUGCUGGUUUACAUCAUCGAUCACUACUGGACUGGAGAGUGAAGACUGUCGUUGAAGAGGAGCCAAGAACUGACCAGAUGGACAUUGAGUGUCAGCGCUGGACCAACAACCAAUCCGAUGAGUGCCACUGUACUGAUAACCAAUCAGAAGAGUGUGACUGGACGGACAACCAAUCGGAUGAAGUGGAGAGUUGGACCGAGGAGUUGGAGGAGUUCUUAUGCGAAAUCCAUGAGGGCUGUGCUACUGACCUCUACAGACAUCCUCAGCUGGACAUGGACAUAGAUUCGGUGAAGGCCAUCUACGCUGACACGGCUGUCUCCGUCAGAGAGCAUGGGUCUAUUGACGAUGUGGACGUUGACAUGCUAAUCAAUGUCAGCUUCCUGGAUGAUGAAGUAGCCAGGGCCUGGAAGAUCAUCCCAACAGAGCCUAUUAUUGUCCGGCUGCGCUUCUCACUGUCCCAAUACCUGAAUGGACCAGCACCUUCUGUGGAGGUGUUCCAACCUUCUAACAGAGAAGGAUUCAGCCUGGGACUACAGCUGCAGAAGGUCAUCUCUAGCUUUGUGUCCCAGCAGUGGAAGUACCUGAGUAAUGAAACCCUCACGGCCCAACAGAAGACCAGACACACUUGGUUCAAACCUGGAGGAACCAUCAAGAGGUUCAGGGCUGGACUCAGCAUCCUCUCGCCCAUGUCCAAGUCCAGUGGCCAGGAGCAUGUUCUGAAGGUGAAGAUGAUUGGACCGGAGCUGAAAGUGAAUCGCCUUAUGAAUCGGACAAUGGCUUACACCAUCAAGAACACCAGAGGAGAACUCCUCACGUACACAACUAAUGGCAAGAGGGUGGCGGUGUCUGCUGUCAAGUCUCCGGCUCACAUCACAACUAAACAGCUGAUUGAGCUGCUGUUCUCAUCCCAAGCCUUUAUUCAGUGCAAGUCAGCCCCCACCCUGCAACAUGGGUUCUUAGUACAGGUAAUGAAAUACGCAGAACAGAGAAUCCCCACUCUGAAUGAAUACUGUGUGGUCUGUGACGAACGACACAUCUUUCAAUACGCCUCUAUGUUGAAGCCUGCAGUGUGUAGCAGGGAACUGUGCGUGUUUUCUUUCUACACCUUGGGAGUGAUGGCAGGAGCUGCAGAGGAGGUGUCGAAUGGAGCAGAGGUAGUGGACUUGUUGGUAGCCAUGUGCCGGGCAGCUCUGGAGUCCUCCCGGAAGAGUAUCAUCUUCGAGCCAUACCCCUCUGUGGUCGACCCAUACAACCCCAAGUCUCUGGCCUUCAGUCCCAAGAAGAAGAGCUACGAUCGACUGCAGAAAGCUCUGGACAGCAUCAUGACCAUCAGGGAGAUGACCCAGGGUCCGUAUUCAUCAAUCAAGAAACAGAUGGACUCCAUAGAUCCUCUUGCUCACCCUCUGCUUCAAUGGAUCACAUCAAGCAACAGAUCACAUAUUGUCAAGCUCCCGCUGAACAGGCAACUGAAGUUCAUGCACACUCCACAUCAGUUCCUAUUAACCAGUAGCCCUCCUGCUAAAGAAGCACACUUCCGGGUCGCUAGGAAACUAUAUGGCAGCACCUUCGCAUUCCAUGGUUCCCACAUAGAGAACUGGCAUUCUAUUCUGAGAAAUGGACUUGUCAACGCCUCAUGCACAAAACUGCAGCUGCAUGGUGCUACGUACGGGAAGGGUAUCUACCUGAGUCCUGUCUCUAGCGUCUCAUAUGGAUACUCAGGAAUGGGUAAAGGACAGCACCACGUGACCACCAAACAGGAGCUGGGCAAACGUUACAACCGUAUCAACACCGUACAACAGGAAAGACAGGGCCAGUCCAGGUUUCUUCAGAGCAGGAAUUUAAACUGCAUCGCACUUUGUGAAGUGAUAACAUCAAAGGACCUUCAGAAACAUGGGGACACGUGGGUGUGUCCAAUAUCCGACCACGUCUGUACACGAUUCUUCUUUGUGUAUGAGAACGGCCAGGUGGGAGAUGCCGACAUCAACACCCAGGACAUAAGGAUUGAGCAAGAGAUAAUACGGGCGAUUGAGACUAAGCCUAUCUGAGGAGGACAUGUGAGACAGAGCUUUAAGUACAGUAUGGCUGGAGACAGCUAUAUGUACAGUAGAGCUCUGGCCAGGGAUACACAGCUAUAUGUACAGUAUAGCUCUGGCAGGAGAUACACAGCUAUAUGUACAGUAUGGGUCUGGCUGGAGACAGCUAUAUGUACAGUAUGGGUCUGGCUGGGGAUACACAGAUGGACCCAGUGAGGAUAGGGGACUCUUACCAUUUAAACACUACUGAAACACUACUACAAUGCCGCAGAGCUGGGCUGCCCUGGCCUGGUUACACAUGGACCACAUAAAUCAGGAUAUCUGAAUAUCGUAUGGACCAAUGAGGUACUUUGAAUAUCAUAUAUGGUCCAAUGGGGAACUUGGAAUAUCAUAUGGACCAACCCUGAAUAUCACCAAUGGGGAACUCUGAAUAUCACAUGAACCAAUGGGGAACUCUGAAUAUCAUAUGAACCAAUGGGGAACUUGGAAUAUCAUAUGGACCAACCCUGAAUAUCACCAAUGGGGAACUCUGAAUAUCACAUGAACCAAUGGGGAACUCUGAAUAUCAUAUGAACCAAUGGGGAACUUGGAAUAUCGUAUGGACCAAUGGGGAACUCUGAAUAUCAUAUGAACCAAUGGGGAAUUUGGAAUAUCAUAUGAACCAAUGUGGAACUCUGAAUAUCAUAUGAACCAAUGGGGAACUUGGAACAUCGUAUGGACCAAUGGGGAGACCUCAGAAUAUUGCAUGGACCAAUAGGGAGCUCCACACAGAAAGAAAGAAAGGUGUCCUUACAAAAGGCAGUCACACAAAUUUCACAUGGAGACCUGAUCACUAUUGACCUCCAAGGGAAUGUCAUAUUUCAUUGUCAUUAGAGGCAAUAGGAUUUGCUAUGUGACAGAUGUGGAGGGAUUUUCCCUUAUGAAUAUUAUAAUGUGAUUAUAACACGAUUAGGCUUUGCACAUUGGUCAUCAUGCAACUGCCUCUAAAAAAAACAAACAAUGGAGUUGACUUGCCUUUAAAACAUAUAUCACAAUACAGCGAACAGUGGUUUGUAUAAGAACAUGACUAUUCUCGUGCAAUACUUUUAUAAUCAUUUCUUAUGACCAUAUUUUUGUAUUAAAGUUUGGCGGAUUGUUUAACCAUUACUUGUUAAAUCAGUAAAAAUCCAUAUACACUACCCAGUCUCUCUAACCUACGGACUGAACCAUUUAAUCACUACACUACCCAGUCUCUCUAACCUACGGACUGAACCAUUUAAUCACUACACUACCCAGUCUCUCUAACCUACGGACUGAACCAUUUAAUCACUACACUACCCAGUCUCUCUAACCUACGGACUGAACCAUUUAAUCACUACACUACCCAGUCUCUCUAACCUACGGACUGAACCAUUUAAUCACUACACUACCCAGUCUCUCUAACCUACGGACUGAACCAUUUAAUCACUACACUACCCAGUCUCUCUAACCUACGGACUGAACCAUUUAAUCACUACACUACCCAGUCUCUCUAACCUACGGACUGAACCAUUUAAUCACUACACUACCCAGUCUCUCUAACCUACGGACUGAACCAUUUAAUCACUACACUACCCAGUCUCUCUAACCUACGGACUGAACCAUUUAAUCACUACACUACCCAGUCUCUCUAACCUACGGACUGAACCAUUUAAUCACUACACUACCCAGUCUCUCUAACCUACGGACUGAACCAUUUAAUCACUACACUACCCAGUCUCUCUAACCUACGGACUGAACUAUUUAAUCACUACACUACCCAGUCUCUCUAACCUACGGACUGAACCAUUUAAUCACUACACUACCCAGUCUCUCUAACCUACGGACUGAACCAUUUAAUCACUACACUACCCAGUCUCUCUAACCUACGGACUGAACCAUUUAAUCACUACACUACCCAGUCUCUCUAACCUACGGACUGAACCAUUUAAUCACUACACUACCCAGUCUCUCUAACCUACGGACUGAACCAUUUAAUCACUACACUACCCAGUCUCUCUAACCUACGGACUGAACCAUUUAAUCACUACACUACCCAGUCUCUCUAACCUACGGACUGAACCAUUUAAUCACUACACUACCCAGUCUCUCUAACCUACGGACUGAACCAUUUAAUCACUACACUACCCAGUCUCUCUAACCUACGGACUGAACCAUUUAAUCACUACACUACCCAGUCUCUCUAACCUACGGACUGAACCAUUUAAUCACUACACUACCCAGUCUCUCUAACCUACGGACUGAACUAUUUAAUCACUACACUACCCAGUCUCUCUAACCUACGGACUGAACCAUUUAAUCACUACACUACCCAGUCUC